AUGUCUACUGUUUACUUCAUUACUGGCGGUAACCGUGGUAUCGGUUAUAAUCUCGUCGAACAAUUGGCUGCAAGACCAAACACAAAAGUUAUUACCACUGCAAGAGAUGUUGAAAAGGCCACUCAAUUGAAAGAUUUACAAAAGAAACAUUCCAAUGUUGAAGUCUUGAAGCUUGAUGUUUCCUCUGAGGAAAGUAUCGAUACCUUGGACGGACAAUUACAAAAAGUUGCACCAGAAGGUAUUGAUAUCUUCAUUUCAAAUGCAGGUAUCGCUGAUGCUUAUUACGCUGUUAAGGACGCUCCACGUUCAGUUUGGUUAAAGCAUCACCAAACCAAUGUUUUGGGUCCUAUUUUCGUAUAUCAAGUUGUACGUCCAUACUUGUUGAAGAAAUCCACUAGACAAAUUGUUUUCGUCAGUAGUAUUGCCGGAUCUGUUGGUGGAUUCAUCCCAUUCUCUACUUCAGCUUAUGGACAAUCUAAGGCCGCACUUAACAUGACAGUCAAACAAAUCAGUUUUGAAGAUGCUGCUGAUGGUUUCACCGUUAUUGCCAUUCAUCCUGGUAUGGUUUCCACUGAUAUGGGUCAAUACGGUAUUACCAAGUUUCCUGAAGGAAAUUUUGACCAUAUUCUUGCCAUGGUCAUCACCCCAGAAGUCAGUGCCACCAAGCAACUUGAGGUUAUUGAUGGUUUGACCAAGGAAAGCAAUGGUGUUUUCUACAGUUAUGAUGGUACAAUUGCUCCAUAUUAA